UCUGGCAGCACUUCGAAGCGCUUAAAUUUUUAAGAACUUUUUGCUCCGCUGUUGUUUGCUUUUGCUGAACGUCUUAAAAUGGAUCAGCAUUACGAGUUGGAAACCACAUCGAAAAGUCCUGAAACGGACAUUCUACAUCCCGAUGACGCGCAGUAUAUUUGGCUCCCCAUUUUGGUACUCGUUGGCAUUUUUAUUCUAGCGGCUUUGGUGUACGCCAUGUCUCGUAGUCGUUGUCAUGCUUCCUGGGAAUGUCUUAAACGCAGAAAGGCUCCCAGAAGUGGGUACAUCAACGUGGACGAGGAGGAUUCCGAUGUGCCCAUGGCCUGUGGGGAUGAAUUGGGGGAGCAAAGGAUUACAGCUACUCUGCUCAGCGGUCGCCUGGAAAUUCAGGAUGGUCCAAACAACGCCUAGUCAAUAUUUCAAGACUUCCAUAAACUUUAUUGUCCACGUUGUCUCCAUACGGUGGUUGUCAUCGGUUAAGUUACUAAUGCAAACUACGUGCCUCUACUA